AUGAUUUCUGUUAAGACCGCAUAUAAUUCUCUUUUUGAUCCUCCUGGUCCUUAUAGUGCUCAAUGGAAAGCUAUUUGGAAGUUUGAUAUUCCUCCAAAGCUUAAAACGUUUCCAUGGACUCUUUCUCAUAAGAAAUUCUUGACCAAUGCUCACAGAGUUGCUAGGGGGUUUACAACUGAUGCCUCUUGGACUGUCCUAACUCUGUCAAAAUCUAGGCUGCUUUCCCAAAGCCUGGUAAUAUCUCUCAUUCCUUUAUUCUUGAUUGGAAGGAAUGCUUGGUGUUUGGCUCAGCUUCAUUGUCAUGCUAUGAUUGCAGCUGGAUAUUUUGCUUUCAUGUACUUGGUCAUGCCGAUUGUCUACUGGGGAGUCAACUUAUUUAAUGCCAAGAACUUUCCAAUCUUCUCUUCCGAUUUGUUUGACGCCCAUGGCCAAGUCUAUAACGUUUCAGCAAUUGUGAAUGACAAAUUUCAAAUCGGCAUGCCAGCUUAUGAAAAUCAAGGAUGCAUAAGCUUGAGUGUGUUUUUUGCUCUAUCAUAUGGUAUUGGCUUUGUGGCCAUUAUAUCAACCCUCACACAUGUGGCCCUCUUCAAUGGAAGGGAGAUAUAUGAACAAUUCCGAGCAUCAAAGAAGGAUGGAAAGGUAGACAUACACACCAAACUGAUGAGGAAAUACAAGGACAUACCUAACUGGUGGUUUUACCUUACUCUUUUGGUGUCACUUUUACUCGCUCUGGCUCUAAGCAUUUUCAUGAAAGAUGAGGUUCAAUUGCCGUGGUGGGCACUCAUUUUUGCUGCAGGCCUUGCAUUAGUUUUCACUCUUCCGAUCAGCAUGAUUACUGCCACAACAAAUCAGACGCCGGGACUAAACGUUAUAGAGUACGCCAUUGGAUUGAUUAUACCCGGAAAACCUAUUCUUAAUGUAUCCUUCAAAACUUAUGGUUAUAUUAGCAUGGCUCAGGCAAUUUCCUUUCUCAAUGAUUUCAAGCUUGGUCAUUACAUGAAGAUUCCGCCCAGAUCAAUGUUUCUAGUUCAGUUGAUAGGAACAGUUAUAGCUGGAACAGUCAAUAUCGGGGUUGCAUGGUGCCUCUUAUCUACUGUGGAAAACAUAUGUCAACAUGAUUUACUCCCUCCAAAUAGUCCUUGGACUUGUCCUAAUGACAGCGUUUUCUUUGAUGCAUCUGUGCUUUGGGGUCUUGUUGGUCCAAAGCGGAUGUUUGGCUCUCUCGGAAACUACCCAGCACUCAACUGGUUCUUCCUUAUUGGUGCACUCGGACCACUCUUGCAGUGGUUGUUGCACAGAGCUUUUCCUAAUCAGAAAUGGAUUGCACUUAUCAACCUUCCAGUGAUUUUGGGUGCAACAGCAAUUAUGCCACCGGCUACAGCAGUAAACUACAAUUGCUGGAUCGUCACUGGAACUAUUUUCGGCUACUUUGUCUUUAGAUAUCGAAAGGCGUGGUGGCUGAGAUACAAUUAUGUUCUUUCAGCUGCCUUGGAUGCUGGAGUGGCUUUCAUGGCGGUUCUCUUAUACUUCACAUUAUCCGUGAAUGGGACGAGCAUAUCAUGGUGGGGCGCAGAUGGCGAGCACUGCGAUCACUGUUGA